GCUUCCGUUUGGCCAUGCUCUGAGUGUCAUUAAGAGACCAGAAAAUUAACCAAUUUUCUCUUUUUCCUUUAUUUAAUUUUUCUGUAAGCUGCUUGGCAAUUGGCAAUAUAUCAUUUUUUUAAUCCCAAUUCCGCCCCACGCCCGGAAAAGUCCAAGUACUGAAGUAGACCUUCAGUCAAGGAUCUCGUAAAACCCUCUUUCCUAUAGACUCUUUCCCUUCAGUCCUCUGUUGUUGUGGCAAAAUUGGACAUACGCAGCUGUAUGGUAUAUAGCUGAAUGUAUAGAGAUUGAGCCUUUUCACCAUUUUGGCUCCUCAACACUCUUCCCUCAGCAAUGGCUGCUUCUUUAUCUAACCCGCCAAUGCUUCUGACCGUCAAUCAUGGAAAGUCCCAUUUCAAAGUGUCUUUUUCGACAACAUAUUUCCACCUACUUUCCAACAAACAAAUUCCCAUCAAGUUCAAACCUUUUUCAACAUUUCAUGCCCCUAAUUAUCUGGGGCAGUUCCAGACCUCUUCUUUUCCCAUUCUAACAGCUACAAGAGCUUCCUCAAAUGAUUUUCUUAAAACAAUUGAAGAAAAAGAUAGAAAUUUGGCGAAUGAGGAAAGGCCAGUGAAAUUCCUCUUCUGGGUACUUUUCUGGGCAUCUGUAUCUAUUGGUAUAUUUGCUGUCUCUGGCGAUGCUAGAGCUGCUGUUGAUUCCAUUAGAGCUUCCAGCUUUGGUUUAAAGGUUGCCACUGCUUUGAGGGGUUUUGGUUGGCCUGACGAAGCUGUUGUGUUUGCUUUGGCUACACUGCCUGUGAUUGAGCUUCGUGGGGCUAUUCCUGUGGGUUAUUGGUUGCAGCUCAAACCUGUUUUGCUCACUGUCUUGUCUAUUCUUGGGAAUAUGGUUCCUGUUCCUUUCAUCAUUCUAUACUUGAAGAAGUUUGCAACGUUUCUUGCUGGGAAAAAUCAGUCUGCUUCUCAGUUUCUUGAGAUGUUAUUCGAGAGGGCCAAGAAGAAAGCUGGUCCUGUGGAAGAAUUUCAAUGGCUUGGUCUAAUGCUUUUUGUGGCUGUGCCAUUCCCUGGAACAGGUGCUUGGACAGGAGCUAUUAUAGCUUCUGUACUUGAUAUGCCUUUCUGGUCUGGUUUCUUGGCCAAUUUUGUUGGUGUUGUUUUAGCUGGUCUUCUAGUGAAUUUAUUGGUGAACCUUGGACUCAAGUAUGCUGUUAUAACUGGUGUUAUACUGUUCUUUAUCUCCACCUUCAUGUGGAGUAUCCUUCGAGGUCUCAAAAAAUCUCUAAGCUCAACAAAUUGAGCCGUAUUAUAUGUGGAGAAUGACUGAACAAAGUUACUUGACAUGAAUCUGUCAGUUUAUUGAUAAACAUAUUUCUUUUCUGUUGAGUAAGUUGGUAUCA